AUGCCGGAUGAGAUCAGCAAUUGCUCGGAUGACAUCGAGGAGCUGGAUGAUGACACAUUGACCGCAAUCCUGGGCGACUUCGACAAGAUCACCGAUGCCGAACUUCAAGGAAUCCCGCUCCUCGAACGCCAGAACCUUGCGAUUGCUGCCGUUCAGCAAGGUGUCUCACAGCGAAAAGCAUGCACAUUCUAUCGGGUAAACCGAGGCACAGUCGCCAAUCGCAUGAGGGGUCUCCAGAAUCGGGUACAAGCUCAUGCAAAGGAGCGUGCAGUUAGUGAUGCAGAGGAGACGGUCUUCGUUGAUUUCAUCAAGGUUUUGGGAUAUCGCGGCAUUCCAUUGACAAUGGACAUGAUCACUGUGUACGCAUCACAGAUUGCAGGGAAGGAACUAGGGAAGACUUGGAGCAAGCGCUUCAAAGCUCGUCAUAAGGAGCUCAGAGUGAAAAUUGCGACACCACUCGAAGAAUGCAGGGCAAAAUCACUUGUGAAACCCGUUGUACACUCAUACUUUGCUAUGCUUCGUGAAGUCAUCAACAAAUAUCAAAUCAAGCCGGCGAAUAUCUACAAUAUGGAUGAAAAAGGCAUACAGCUUGGCGUUGCUGGACGGAUUGCGUUUGUCGUUGAUCGGGACCAAAAGAAUGUCCAGGCAAUAGCAAGUGGUAAUCGCGAGCUUGUCACCAUUCUUGAAUGCAUCUGCGCGGAUGGGACGGUUCUCAAUCCUGCGGUAGUGUUUCAGGGCUUACGUCGUGAUAAUCGAUGGGGACAGAACAACCCAUGUAACGCAAGCAUUUCAUUGUCACCAAAUGGAUGGACUGAUCAAGAACUUGGUUCACUCUGGUUACGAAAGGACUUCCAUCCACAAACCAAGCAACGUUUGAACAAUUCCGAUGAAUAUCGCCUACUCAUUCUUGAUGGGCAUAACAGCCACUGCACUUACGAUUUCGUCAUCUUCGCACGAGAUCAUAGAAUCAUUGUGGUUUGUCUGCCAUCGCAUACUACACAUGCACUUCAGCCAUGUGAUGUUGGAGUCUUCGGGCCAUUAGCAAAGAAGUGGAAAGCGCAGGUUCUCUCGGAAAGCGUCCAUGCGCGCGUAAUUGACAAGUAUAACUUUCUUCAGAACUACAGUGAAGCGAGAGACCUUGCUUUCAAGAAGCAGACCAUCUGCAAUGCAUUCCGCAAGUGCGGAAUCCACCCACUGAAUGAAGAUGCCAUCCCAAUAGAGCUCUUUGCGCCAGCCGAGAACUACACAAGCCAGGAGGCCCAGCCAGUCAAAGUCACCCUGCCUCGUCUUUUAGUCCCUGUAGAACCUGAACAUCUCAAACCGGCUGCAGAGAUUGCAUGCUCACAUUCUGACACAGUCGAUCCCGCUCCUGAUGCAGCAUCACAUCUCCACGACACCGUUGACCGCACUCUUGAUUCUUCUAGGACAUUGCCUGCCAUCUCCGGAUCUCCUUGUCAGACGGAGAAUACCAGUGCGGUCAGUGCGGCCUCUUCAGAUACUGUCGCGGACCCACCUGUUACCAACGAAAGAUCCGCUCGCUACAAAAUUGGACUGCCGAGCCCACUACCAGCGAACGCGUCACGGGAUCAAUGGAAGGAGCGGAAUGAGGAGCUACGAGGAUUGCUUGAGCAAGCCGGGCAUGAACUUGAAAAGAAUCACGCACAGCUGAUCCUCAUGCAGUCCGAGAAUGAGCGUGUCCGGCAGCAGCUCUUCAACAAGAAGUCCAAACCAAAGCGUGCAUACAACACUGGAGCUUCACGCUUGAUGACUGGAGACGAGAUGACCGCAGCCUUGCUGUUGGACGAGCAGAAGAAGAAAAUGUUAGCGAUGCAUGCCGAGCUGAAGAAGAGACUUGCCGCAAUGAAGAAGUCCGCAGCUCAAGCCCAGAAAGCGGCCAAGGAAACUGAAAAAGCGGCCAAGAAGGCAGAGAAAGCAGCGCAGAGGUUGGAGGCGGCAGCAUUGCGAGGUGUUGGCAGGGCCCGAGGCCGUGGGAGAGGCCGUGGAAGAGGAGGUGGGAGAGGCCAUGGGAGGGGAGGUGGACACAGACACGGACACGGACACGGACAAGGCAGUGCACCACACGGGGUGCGGAGUCACAGUGGUAGCGAGGACAUGGAGUCGGAAACUGACAGUGAUGGUGAUAGCGACCACGAAUCCAUUGCUCUUCCCGAUUCCGAGGACGAGCCCGAAUCCGAGGAAGAAUACAAUACAGAAGUGGCCCGGGUGCUAGACAAAGUCGAGGAGGAGGAAGAGGAGGAGGAUGGAGAGAUCAGCAUAGUGUGCAUCAAUGGACAUCGAUGGUACGAACGCAAGGAGCUCCAACUGAUGGUGGUAUGGGAAGAUGAAGACGUAACUUGGGAACCCCUGCGGACCGUGGACGACUGUACUGCUAUGGAUGAAUACCUCCAACGACAUGGAUUGGAGGACCCUCUUGAGCUUCCCAAGCGAAAAAACCUCAUUAAAAAGGGGCUGACAGCAUCAAAUGAGAGAGAAAAGUCGUAG